CGCCGGCUCGGGUCACGUGCCAGCCUAGCGCGAUGGCGGCGCCCAUGUGAGGAGACCUCGGCAGGUGAGGGAGAGGCGGAGAGAGCGGCGCCGGACCCGCGUCCCCUGGCGGUUCCUGAGGGGGAGGGGGGGGAGCGGAGGCGCGUGGCCUGGGUCUAUUAUGGAUUACACCAAGGUGUGGCCUAUGCUGCAACUAAGGCUUCUCUUUCUCUUCUACGCUCCCAAAAUGUUGAAUUUGGUUUACAUGGGAGUGGAGUGUCCAUGUCUCAUUUGCCUGGUCUGGUGCCAAGUUUGUUGAGUCUUCCUGCCAGUUUUCCUUUCUCUCGCAUUUGGAUCAGAGCUACAAUAGGGCACCCCUCUGUGUUGGGAAAAGAUCAAUCCAUUUAAUAUGUGAUUGUGUUUUUCUUAGAGUGAUUUUGAUAAUAAUAAUAAUAAUAAUAAUAAUAAUAAUAUAUUUGUGUACUGCCCUAUACCUGGAGGUCUCAGGGUGGUUCACAGAAGAAAAUUAAAAUAUAAAACCACCACACACACACACACACACAUAUAUAUAUACUCUCUCUCUCUCUCUCUCUCUCACACACACACACACACACACACACUGCACCAAGUAUGUGUACAUUUGAUGGUAAUAUUGCAAGUGUAUUAUGUUCAUGAAACUACCAUUUUGAAUUCAUUUAACAGGUAAUCUACACGACCUACUCCUGACUGCCUUAUUUGUGUUCUGAGAAUUUUAUGAAGUUGUUUUCUUUGAACAAGUCAUCAUAAAGCACUAAAGAGCAAAAUGAAUAAGAACCUGGAUUGUUUUCUAAGGACAGUGAGACAGCUGCAGGCAUGUCAUUAUGCACAGAGUCCUUUUUCUCGAACCACAAGGAGAGCAUUUGCACUGGGGGUUGAUGGGCCUAAAAGUGCUGCACACAGUAUUUACCCGAGGCGACUCCUGUCUUAUGCAUCUCCUUGCCGGCUGCAAUCAUCUGUUAGAUUUUUUUCUCAAGGUACCCUAAGUAUUAAUACAGACAGUACCAGUGCAAAUGAACAGAAAACUGCUGAUGCCCUCUUAGAUGACCAUGUGCAAGGCCCUGACCUAAUGACUGUUGCACCCACCCAACUUCCAUCUGGUUUCUUGGGAUCCCCAAAGGAAGUCAGAAGUACAGCGGAAGAAAAGGAUGAAGAAAACAUGCCCCAGCAAUUCUUUAAGGACCUUCAAAAAUGUACAUCUCCCAGUGAUGUACUAGACCUGGCUUCAAAAUUUCCAGAUGCUCCAAAGUACGCCAGUAACUGUCUUGCCACUAUGUGGACGCUCACAAAAAAGCUCUCGGAAGAUCAGAAACAUUAUGAGAGACGGUUGAUGUUUGAGCACCCUCAGUUUAGCCAGGUCUGUCAGUGUGUGAUGCAGGAGGCCAAGUACAUGUGGCGUGAUGACUUGGCAUACAGCCUGCUAGCUGUGGUGAAACUGGGAGUCCCACAGAACACCCGGUUGGUUCAGACCUUGCUGAGGGUAUGCCAGGUAAGUCACAGAAAUUCUAUAGUCUUGCACUGAACAUAAGGGAUGAAACCGUAUUUUUCGCUCCAUAGAACACACUUUUUCCCUCUUAAAAACUAAGGGGAAAAGUCUGUGCGUCCUAUGGAGCGAAUGCAGGGGGGAGGCAGGCAGGAAAAGCCCCCAAGAGCCGCACAUAAGCUUCGCGCCAGUCAGUCCCUUCUCCCUCCUCAUAGAAAAGCCAGCAGGAGCCGCGCGCUCCUUAAAGGGUGCUUUUGCGGGAGGUGGGGGAAUUGCCAUAGCCGCGUGCAGCUUCUCCAGCUGGGAGAGGCUGCGCAAGGCUAAAGAAGCCAUGGCAGUGAGCGGGAAUCCUUGGCUUCUUUAGCCACGCUUCUUUAGCCGUACUGGAGAGGUUUAGCUCCUGGCUGGAGAGGUUGCGCGGCUAUGGCAGAAGCCCAGACAGACAGCGGGAUGGAUUCCGCUCGCUGACUUGGCUUCUUUGCUCUUUGGGGCUGGGGGGGGGGGGCUGGGCUUCCCCCGCAGCCCUGAGAAGCUCUGGGAGAAGCGGACAGGCUUUUUUUCUUGAUUUCCCCCUCUAAAAACUAGGUGUGUCUUGUGGCCCGGUGCGUCCUAUAGAGUGGAAAAUACGGUAUAUAGUAGUGAAUUGAGCUCCAGACUUGUCAAUGGGGCCAUUCAUCUGGCAAGCUAAACUAAUGAUUUUAUAAUGAAUACUUUGGUUUUCAAAGUUCUCCCACAUACAUUCUCAUAAUUGGGUAAAAUAGGUCAUAGAGCAGCCCUAACACUCAUUCCUCUUCCAACUCUCCUAUCUGUUACCUCUGAGGCACACAGUCUUGUGAACUCUGUUCUCCACCUGCUCUUUAAGGAGAAUGAGAGAACCACAUAGCCGUUGGCAUAGCAGCCCUGUGAAAAAUGCAAGGUGGUGAUGUGGCACUGCAUGUUUGUGAUUCUUUCCCCAUAGCAGUAGAAACUUGCCAGAUACACAGACCAUCAGAGGCGUGGCAAGCCCUCCUGGUGGACAGGGUGUUGCUGAAGGCUCCUGUUAACUUCUUAAUGCACAUUUUGCACACGGGAAUUUCCACAUUGUAAGAAUUGCCAUACUUACACUUUGAAGAACACAACAGUAAAUAAGGAGUAAUCGCACCAAACAAGUACACUUUGUUAAUUCGACGUAAUUGAGUCAUGGUAAAGCUGGAGUUGAAAAUGCAUUUGUUUAAUAUUUGUUUAAAUGGUAAAAUUUGGAAUGAAUAACUGUCCUUGAGGCUGCAGUUCUCAGACGUACCUCUGAGGAGACGUGCUCCCUUUACGUGAAAGAUUGCUGAAAACCGGGUUUUCUUGUGCAUUGAAUAGGAACGUCUCAAUGAAUUUGAUGACCGAUGUCUCUCAGUUGUUGCAAACACUUUGCAAGGAAUGGAAAAGUCCAAGAAUGUGGAAGCUCUUCAAGUUGGAUUGCAGUAAGGAAAAAAAAUACAUUGACUUCUAAUAGGCAUCAUGCUUGUAAUUGAUAAUAAUUACAAAAACCUUGCUGUAAGGUCACCAGUAUAUGGAUCACACUGGCCAAGCCAUCCCUGUCCAGGAAAGGGCAUAGUUGACAUACCAAGCAAGUUUUGGAAUUCCCUCCUUGUCACAGAGCUCACCUGGGCCUCUAAUGACAGUAAUGGAUCCAGGAGCAACCCGAAGCUACAUAACUGUUCUUUCUUUAACUUACAGUGUGUGAUAUGAUCAGGUGGCGAUGCCUGGGAACAGAUAAGGCAAGCACAAUACCAGUCCCCCACUUAAGAUCAGUAAUGUGUUUUUUCUCUCUUAAUGUUUCAGAAACAAAAUGAUUCCUUUCUGAUGGAGAGUAUAUGACAUCUAAAAUGCCACAUUCAUAUAUUGCCAUUUUUAAAAGGCAUUUCCUCUUAAAUCCAAGGAAACUGUCUUGGUUCUAAGCCUGUGUCUGUCAUCCUUAAUGGACUGGACGAGAGUGAGCAAAUUGAAAUUUAAUCCAGACAUGACAGAGGUGCCCUUGGUCAGUUGGAAGGCCGAACAGGGAAUUCAGCCUGUGCUGGAUGGGGUAACACUCCCUUUGAAGACACAGGUUUGCGCUUUGGGCAGGCUCCUGGAUUCAGCUCUGAGCAUGGAUGCUCCAGGUCUCUUUGGUGGCCAGGAGUGCAUUCACACAGUUGAAGCGAAUGCUCUGGCUGCGACCGUUCCUUGAGAUGUUGAUUUGGUCAUGGUGACACACGCCUUAGUUACAUCCCAUUUGGAUGACUGCAAUGCACUCUAUGUAGGGCUGCCUUUGAAAAGUGCUCAUAAACUUCAGCUGGCUCAAAGAGCUGCAGCCAGAUUGUUGAAUGGGGCUGGUUACAGGGAACAUACAACUCCCUUGUUAUAACAGCUGCACUGGCUACUAAUUGUUUCUGGGCACAAUUCAAAAUGUGGGUUACAACCUAUAAAGCCCUCUGUUUUAGGUCUAAGCAAUCUGAAAGAUUGUAUUCUCUUGUGUGAAGCUGCCCAGUUUCUAUAGUCUUUGGGCAAUUUCCCACCCCUAUGUUUUUAAAUGCUUUUAUUUUGUCUGUAAGCCGUCUUGAGUCCCUGUCACAAGAAGAAGGCAGGGUAGAAAUAAGUUGUUGUUGUUGUUAACUGUCCUGUAUGCUUCUGCCCAUGUCACGUUCUUUUCCUAAGCUGAUUAAAUCCCUUGCUCUUUUCAAAAAAACAGAUUACUGGUCGAGCAGAGAAUCCCCAAAAUCUCAAAUGUGCUUAUGUUGCAAAACAUGAUGAAGGGUCUUGGGAAGGAUGCACCACUCAAGCUUAAGACAAAACUGGAGGUAAAAAAUGGGAGUUAUUUAUUCAGUGAAUCCAGGUAUAGGGCCAUAACCAUUGCUGCAGCUCUGCUUGCAUAAUGGACUUCCUCUGUGCAACAGAGCUUCCUCUUCCACUCCUGUCCCCUCCAGCCUGCUUACAUCCUCAAAACCCAUGCCAGAGGGGUGGGAGACCAACUGGGAAAGAUUUUGGGGGCGCACAGGGGGAGAGGAAAUGGAAAUACUGUUUCACAAGCAAAACACCACUGGCACAGCAUUAGGUAAAGGAAGAGGUAUGUAAGUCAUUCUACGACUAGAAGCUUGUAUUAGAAGCAGUCCCCAAUAUGAUUCCCACACAGCCACAUCCUACAGACCACAACACAUUUUAACAAUGGAGGAAAAGGCUUCCAUUGUUCUGAGGGUUUUGAGAGUGGUAUCAUGUAAUAUAAAUAAUCCAUUUAUUUCAUAUCAUAUUAACCCUCGUAAUUGCAGCUGCACAACACAAGUAAAUGCAAUAUUGCCUGAAGCUCUGGUGUUCCUUUUUCAACCAUUUUGAAAGAAAGCAACUAAUUCUUGCAGUCUCGGUGUAGAAAGAAAGGGGAAAACUGAUAAGUAAUUGGAUAUAGAUAUCUGUUCCUUUAAAAAAAAAUGAUUGGUUUUUUCACAGUUUUAUACAUUUUAACUUAACCAUUUCAAACAUUAAAAUACAAGGUUCUUUUGAACCUUCGGACCCCCUUCCCUCCCUCCAUGGGUUCCAUGUUUAAGAUUAAAUUUGCUGCAUUUUUUACCCUUAUCCAUCUAUUAAAUAUCCAUGGUUUUCAUAAGCAAUUCCACAUUACAAGUGUCAUUACAUCCCUGCUAAUGAUUUUAACCGUUUACAGGGGUCUUUAAAUAAAUUCAAAUCAAAUAUCCUUUAUUAGGCAUAGCAAACCACACAUUAUCAAACAGACACCGUAUACAAAUUGUGCAUAUUAGGACAAUGAUAUUUCUGUCUCAUUCAAAUCUGUUUUGCUUCAGAACAAGAUUUUGUAUCACAUAGACCAACUUACUGUCCCAAAUGCUCAGCACAUGUUCACCUUGCUGGCUGAAAUGAAUUACCGCUCUGUUCCAAUCCUGAAUGCCUGCAGUAACAAAAUAAUAGGUAAGUCAGAAAGAAUGUAAGAAUUUUUGUCUUUAAUUUUUUUUUAAAAAAAUCUUGCUUAAACUAAAGGAGGACAACAGUUUAAUAAGAAUGUAUGGAGAGCAGAGCCAUCUGUCAAGGAACACAAGAAGAAGAGAGAAACAGGGAUUUGGGACAGUCAAAGGAGAACUGUUCUCUGCAACUCUGCAUGUAGGUAUACUCUGUUUGAAUCUGUCCAGUUGCCAUGGUUUGAGAGGGUUGGUCCAAAAUAAUAUGGACCAGGAUCCAAGGAACUAUGCAGCUAAUUCUGUGAGUCCAAGUGUGUAGUGGGUGGGCUCAAUUUACUUUGUAACUGCAGCCCCCACUAUCACAUGACAAGCAGAAUUUGCAACAGAGGAAUGUUUUGAGAACGGUUUGUUGUAUGGCAUGGCUUCCGCUGUUCAAAGGAGGAAUAUCAAAAAACUCCUGGGUUAUCUCUGGUCCCUUUUAUUAUCUUAAGCAGCUCCUUGGUUCCAUUACCUUUAUGUUUUGCUGUGAUUUUAGGUGACAUUUCUUUUAACAAAUGAAAUACAUACUUCCAUCUCAAGGGUUACUUCAAUGCAGUUAGUGGAAUUUCCAUUUUUAUUUUUGUGUGUGUAUCAGAGAAUAUCUCUGGAACUCCCUUCCGGCGUCUGCUGAAUAUUCUGAGGUCCUGCAAAGACCUCCUGUACCGCAACAGCAAGCUUUGUUCUGCAAUAGCGGAUUAUGCAGCAUCCGUCUUCUAUAUGUGGGACACAAAGCAGGUAAACUUUGGGAUAACAAUAUUAAUUUGCACAUUUUUGGCAUUUUAAAUAGAAAAUCGAUGCCAAUAUGGAGCUGGCUGUAGACUUCAGUAGUUGUAGUUCUCAAACUACAUUCAUUCAAGCGUUAACUUCUCAGCAUUUUGAUUUACAUGUAAUGCUAAGGCAUGGUUUAUUAAACUGGUUUAUUGGAUUGUCCAAACCUGACCCAGCAGUUUAACCAUGGUUUAUUAACCACGAAGAAGCUUAUAAACCUUGAUUUGCAUUAGCUGUGGCUUUUUGUUAGGGAUGCGGGUGGCUCUAUGGGUUAAACCACAGAGUCUAGGACUUGCCGAUCAGAAGGUUGGCGGUUCGAAUCCCUGCGUCAGGGUGAGCUCCCGUUGCUCGGUCCCUGCUUCUGUCAACCUAGCAGUUCGAAAGCACAAAGUGCAAGUAGAUAAAUAGGUACCACUCCGGCGGGAAGGUAAACAGUGUUUCCAUGCACUGCUUUGGUUCGCCAGAAGUGGCUUAGUCAUGCUGGCCCCAUGACCUGGAAGCUGUACGCCAGCUCCCUCGGCCAAUAAAGCGAGAUGAGCACCACAACCCCAGAGUCGGUCACGACUGGACCUAAUGGUCAGGGGUCCCUUUACCUUUACCUUUUUUGUUACCUGCAAACAUGGCCAAUAUCUGCUGGGAUAAUCUAACUCUGAAGAUAAUCCAACUCUGAAUAAUGAGGCCCAGACACCAGAUUCACCAGGGCAACCUGACAGUAAUCCAAUUCAUUGCAGUAAUCUAGUCCAGAUUGUGUUUACUGGCAGUGCUGUUUUGCGGAGCAAUCUUAACCCUUGAUCAGUCUGCUUCUGCGAGUGAGGGAGGUCUGGCAUCAGCAGGAAAGUCCUGCCAGCAAGGAGUGCCCCAGUGUACCCACCCAAGAGGCAGGUGGGUUUAAGCCACCUCCCGUGGUCUUGCUGACAGCAGUAGCCUGUGGAAACCCCCCGACAUGAGGCAGGAUUGAGCCACCACGUGAUCUUCUGCUUCCAUCUUAUGAGGGCAGCGUGAGCAAUCCUGGCCUCUCUGCUGUGUCAGCUAGGGACAUUUUUUCCUCGCUCCACCCCGCAACCUGUCCUGGCCAGUGUGAGCACUGCUGCCAACUGGCAUUAGGAUUGCAUCUUUAAUCUGAUGUUCCAAAAUGAAGGGGGGGUUGUCUAAAAUUAGAUACAGGGGGCACAGCAGAGGAGGUGGUGGGAAAUUAAGGAAGCCAUAAGCUGGGCAAGAAUGUGCAUUUGUUUCAGUUACACAUAUUUCAGCUGAAUAUAGUUUUAUAUUAAGAAAAGUCUUCAGCCCAGUUGUCUCAGUAGCGCGCUUGAUAUAUGCAUAUUAUGCUGACUUCUCUUUUGAUUUCAGGUAGUCCUGUUUCUUUCUGCCUUUGAGAAUGUUGGCUUUCGACCCGUUGAUCUGAUGGAUGCGUUUGCUGAGAAAGUGACGUCCGAUCCUGAAUGCUUAAGCAUGAAGGAUCUUGUGACUGUUCUGCGAGCCUAUUCUUCUCUCAACCACACCCCCAAAAGCCAAAAUCAGGAGUAGGUUCUGGCUUAGAACGUUUAUUAUUGUAUUACAUGGUAGCUAAUGGAGAAAUUUAGCCCAGAUAGCACUAUCAUCAUUUGCCACAGAAUUAACCUAUCCAAUGCUUCAAAUGUGAUGGACAUUGGCAUGAUGGCUUAGGCCAGCCUUCCUUCCAGAUAUUUUGGGCUAAGACCAUUGGCUGUGCCUAUAACCAAUCGCAGCUAGGAAUGGAACCUUCGUAUGAAUCAGCUCUGUGUGGAUUUUAGUGGCUGAUUCAGGAAUGGCUGAGGGUGCCUCUGGUGUACAAAACUGUAUUUCCUAUGAUUGAUACAUAAAAUUAAAGGCAUAUAGGACUGUCUGCCUCUUAGAAGUGUCUACAUUGUCAUGGGACUAUCAUAUCACAUAAAAAGAUGCAAUUAGGGUGACUUGACUACAUAAACAAAAUUUGGGACCUAGUUAAUAUUAAAACAGAAGCCCCCACUCUAGUACAGAGCAAACCAACUCACAAAUAUAUAAGAUGGGACAGGCUGUGAAAACUAAGUUGCUCUUUGUACACUGGAAUCAGUGGGAGAUUGCAUUUCCAUUAGAAAACGGGAACUUGUAUCUAUCAGAUGAAAACUCGUUGUGUGUCUGUGUGUAGCAUCUGUGUCUUGUCAGCCAGUCAUGUUUAUUAAUUACAUAGCUCUCUAUACCUGUAGUGAGGCAGAGUAUAUUGUUAAUUAAAUCAUGAAUUUCUGCUUGACAGUAUUCUUUUCUCACAUUUUGAAGGUUCCUAGAGGCACUGAAUAGUGUCUUGGAUAAGUAUCUCCCCAAGAUCUCUGAUGUGGACUUACUGAAAGCUGUGUAUUCGUUCUGCAUUUUAGGAUACUUCCCCCAAUCUGCACUUAAGCAGCUUCUAGUAGAUGAAACCCUCCACAGUCUGGUAGCAGCAGGUCAGAUAUUCAUCUUGACUCAUAUACUUCCUUAAAUGAAAGCUGACGCCAUAGCUUUAGAUUGUGAAUGAAAUGUGUUAUUUGUUUGCAAAAUCAAUACUGUGUUUUAGAGUUCCUUAAAUUAGUCCUAUAAUAAAAAAGUGCAUUAAAUGCUCAUCUUCGCUUUCAGCAGAAAACAACUGCUUAUAGUGCUUUGGUAUAUUAGUUUUGCAGUUUUCUUCCCUGUGCCCACGUAAGAAACAAGGAAAGUUCCAGUGCGUUUUUAUUCUGUCGCAUUAGGGUGCUUGAUUUGCCACUGUGGGUAGCCUCAAACAAAGCACAAUAGUUUCUGUUUCCGCAAUGGAACUCCCCCCCCCCCCCACAUUAUUGUUAAAUAAUUUAAUCUGGGUGACAGAUGCCUCAACAAACAAAACAGGAAUUCAGUGAUCUACAAAAUGUAGUUUUCCAUGGGUAUUUGGAUGACUAAAAAUCAGAAGCUUUUUGUCAAAGAACACUUACCGUCAGCUGGAGAGAGGUGGCGGUUGUGGUCUGGUGCAGUGAGUUGGGGCAGCCGAGGGAGGACAUUGCUUUCUUCUCCCCCAGCCAUGCUGCUUGCUGGAGCUCACCCACAACUGCGGGCGAGCUAGGGGGCACAGUUUGGGAGCAGACCAGAUGGAAGACUUCUUCCUGCUGGUCCAGUCCCUGGCGAUAAAAGCCAGCCAUGCCCAGGUCUCAGCCUCAGUCGUUGCUGGAUUCCCCCACGUACCCUCCCAAUCUUUAUGCCUACGGGCUGCCCAAGGAUACACCGGCAAGCCCUGUGUAGGACUUCGCUAUUUAAGUCCUCGGCCGCUGUAUUUGGGGUCAGGAAGUGUCCUGCCAUCAGACUAGCAUUUUGCCUCCCUCGUAGCAACUGUCACAGCUUUGUGGGGGAUAAGGCAUUGGGUUGGAUCCCUAGUUAAAUUGGACAGGGUGUGCUUCCCCCCACUCUGCUCUUAGGGAUCAGGGUAUCCCCUUAAAGGGAUCCUGUGGGAGGUGCUUCUGUCCAGACACCAAAAUAGGGUGCUGAUGGGCCACAGCACCCUGCAAUGGUCAUCUUGGGGGGCGGGUGUCACCCUGAUUUGUUUUAUGCCAUAGGGCGAUCCUUAACCUUGGUUAACCCUGCCAAAUCGACCAGCAGUCAGGAUACACACCCAGUGCCCACGCCAAAACCUGCUGACACCUGUAAUCAAUAAUGUUGGGGCUUGAUUAAAUCCCAGUUUGUCCUGUGUUUAUUGCAACUAUUUUCUGCCUCAGUGCCACCACCCGCAGCUCCACUGGACCUGGGCUCACAAAUCUUCCUCCCCCCUUUUUUCUUUGCACUGUACAUCACUUAUUUCCCCCAGAAUGCAAACCUCAAGGUAAAAUGCAGUAGAAUAGUGGUAACUCUGCAGUUGAUGCCACUGUGUUGUUUUGUGGUGGGUUGUUUAUUUUUGCAAGCUGUUUUGGAUACUGUUAUAGAUAAGCAGUCUAAACAGAUUUUUAAAUAAAUCAGUUCUCCCUGUCAGGAGCUCGUCCUACACUCGAGUAGGACCCUGGCAGAGACACAUGCCCGACUGGCAUGUUCUCUCCCUCCUGGUCGAUCGUUCGGGAGCUUCAAAAGCUUUCUUCAGCCCGAACAUCACAGCGACCGAUGCCAACAGACAUCGGCACACUUAGGGAUCCGCAGAGUCUUCGCAGCUUGCGUAACAGACCUCAGCAACUCAGCAUUUUGACUAAUCUACUUUAUUUACAUAUAAACACACACGGAGCACUGCAGCAUGGCUCCCUCUCUCUCUAGCAUCAGACAGCAAAGAGAAUGAACAAAGGACAAUAGUCCCACUUCACAGAACACAGUAACACAAACAUCCUGUCUCCAUCACUUCCCACUUUGUGGAGUCAAAACAUACACCGUCAGGUGAUAGACAACAAUCCUAUGACUGCAGUCAUGGAGCAGUAAUUCUAACACUCCCACCUCUUCUUUUAUAAAGCAGUAUCCCCCUCCUUCCCCUGUGCUAGUUGCUCACUUUCCCCCUACCUGAUGACCAGGUAUCCUAUAGCCUCUGGGUGGUAUUCACCUAAAUUUUACUCAGAGUAGAACCUUAAUUUCAGUGAUUCUACUCUAGUAAAACCUAGGUGAAUACCACCAUGCGGUCUAGCCACUUGUUUAUCUUGUAGGGCAUUAGAGCAGGUUUAUUUCAAUGAAGUCAUGUAAAAAUAUUAAACUACGGUUCAUCAAGACUUUUCCUGCUACAGAAGAACUGUAUGUAAAGGUUGUUUGAAAAUAAUAUUGCUGUUUCUUUUGUUUUCCCCAGAUGGCCAGAAUAUAGAGCAGAAUGAAGUAAUGUUGCAUACCAUAAAUGCUUGUUUAAACCUCGAUAGGAAUUGUUUCACUAAGCCAGCAGCCUUAUCGGUGAAGGAACUACCAUCAACCCCUGCUUUUAGUUUUCCUGACGUUAAGGAGGUUCUGCUUUCACUGUUGGGAGAUGAAAGUCUGUUUCGAGCAAACGUACCAGUGGUUCACGGUUUCUCUCUAGGUAUGGGAGAGCGCAUUACAAUUACUGCCUGGCAAUUUGCGGAAAACUGAGGAGGGCAAAGUGGCUUGAGCAGAAACUUACCAGUAGUAGCUUUGUUGUGAUCUGCGGUUGCAUGAUUAAAGUAGAUUAAAGCAGUUUGUUGUCCUAGCACAACAAAUCUAACAAAGAAUCUUGACUUCUUGCAAUCUGGAAAGUGACCAGGAAAUGUAAAGUGUGGCACGAAAUGAAUGUUUGAUGGGAAGACAAGUAAACACCGCACAAGAUAAUCAGCAUGAAUGGUGUCGUCUCUCCACAAACAGAUUAAAACAGAUGCUCAAAGAAGACCAGAAAUAAUUUAACCACCACAAUUGCGCAUGCAAAUGAGGAUGAACGCAGGUCAUCUGGUGGGGAGAGAGGGUUACUUCUGCUAAUUUCAGUGGGCCAGACAGAGAGGAGCUGAGGCUCAGAUCUUUCUGGAAAUGGUACCUUCUCAUUUGGAAGCUCUUGCCCUUUGCCAAAUCCCUCCUGAGUGUGGGUCCUGUUGAGAUUCCUGCAUUGCAGGGGGUUGGACUGGAUGACCCUCUGGGUCCCUUCCAGCAGUACAGUUCUUUGAUUCCUUUCUCAGCAGUGAGAGAUAUUAGCGUUGCGCAUGCCAAAAUGCCAAUUUAUCCAUUUGUGCACCUUUCAUUUCUGGAUAAAACCAUGGCAUUGGAAAUAAAUGCUUGAAUUGCACCUGGCACAAAUUAACGCCACUCCAUGGUCUGAGGAAAAUAUCCAGCGUGUGCUGGAUUCUGGCUCAUAUCUGCAAUUUCCCUUUCUUUCCAUUUAAACCUGCCUUUCCCCAGGCUGCUGCAAGAGUUGUACUUGCCUUUAUUAGUGGCUGUAAAAAUUUAUAGCCCUGAUAAUGUAUAUUUGGUAUAACUGUUACUAAAACACUAGUGUUUGCACAUUUUCUUUUUACUGCACAUUCCUGAAUAGAGUGCAAUCUUGUAACAAUUUAUUUUAUAAGAAUGUAAUAUUUUCCUUUUUUUCAGAUUUUGAAAUCUUAAUGGAUGCAGAGAAGGGAAUAGUGAUACCAAAUGCUGAAGUGACAGAUAAGUCUGACAUUCAAAGGUACCUUUAGCUUGAGGACAGGGUUUCUUUCCAUUUUUAUUUCAUGGGCUUUUUCCAGCCUCAACUGUUUAGCUUUCUUAAUCUUCCAAGACAUUAAGAGUUAAUUUAUUUGGGUGGGUGGUCCAUAUAUUUUAGUGAAGAGGUUAGUCAGAAUGUCCUGGAAACAUAAUUUCAGUGGAGAGCUAUAACAAACACUUUGCCUUAUUUUCUGGUGUAUUUGUAUUACAAAUGUAUUUACUAACUAGAUCAUAGGCACUUGCUCACCUGAUAGUUUAUGGCAAGGAAUUUGAUAACUAAAACAAAAAUGUGAGGCUUUGAUAACCCCCCACUGGACACUCUCAAGAGUGCCUUGCGAGUCAGAAGUGGCGACGUGUUUUUUAAAAAGAAAAUAAGCGUCAAUGUAAUUGUCACUGAACACGCACACAUACGGGCCUUCUGCCCCGUGAUCCUUGUUUCAGUACACUGUUAGUUGCAGUGUCCUUCAGACUAGUGCGGCCAAGUUCAUGACUUUCGUAGACAUCAUUACUGCUUCUCUUGGUAAUAGGAUAGCCGUGCUGUGUGCUCCUGCGUCCGCGCUCUGUUUUGCGUCCAAACAUUCCCGAGGGAGGUUGGCCAUGAGGAUGAGACACCUGCGUCUUCUGGGCUAUCGCGUGAUUCUGGUAAGGGAAGCCAAAAUGUUGCUCCAUCAGAAAACUUGGAACUCUGUUAAUUUCAGUAGUCUCGGGCAGGCUGUAAGAAAAAUUUGAAAGCAAAACAAGGUACGGGUGACAUUCCAGGCCCCUGUGUGUAUACACCAAAUCACAUAAAAUGGGGAACACCCUGUGUGUCUGCUGAGAAAAUCCCACUGUCUCUCCAGCUCGUGCAGAGACCCUCCCCAGAUCCUGAAGGCUCCUGCCCCUAACUGUGCAAGCCCAGGCAUCCUCUUCGGGCCCUGGGCAGUGUCUCAUGAGUCAGAGGCUUGUUGAGGCUGCAAAGCUAACACACAGGGAACCUUCCCAGCAUGUCAGCUGAGCUGGUUAACCAAGCGCCUCUGUCCUUCUGGUUUAUUUCCCCUAAUAUUUGCACGGCUGACAGGUGGGGAAACGGCUGAGGCUGCUGUUGUCAGCUGUUAGCCAGGGAGGCUGAGCAGUUCAACAAAGCCCUGCUGCCCCUCUGCCCACUUUUGGCUCUAGGGAGGGUCUCCUCACGAGCCAGGAGGGCUUUUGAGGGUGCUCCCCAUUUCUGGGUACUUGGCACCGUGUAUGUGUGUGGUCGUGAGCAAACAGAAUGCACGCAAGUGAGGAGCUGCUUGUAUUAAUCUGUGUCUCUGGAUAAAAGCACUUUUAUUUUAAAUACCCGAAUGCCUGUGUUCGCAGGCUUUGCCUAAACUUCACAAUAAAAAGGCAAAUUAUUUACCGUAUUUUUUGCACCAUAACACUCCUCCUAGAAAGUAAGGGGAAAUGUCUGUGCGUGUUAUGGAGGGAAUGCCUGCGGGUGGCGGGGGGGAUCUGCUGCAGUCGUGAGCAGAGGAUCCAUGGUUCCCCUUCCUUCCCUCCUCCGUGGCUCGCUUUGAAACAGUAAAGCGGGAGAAGAGCCACUGAGUGGGGAGGAGAGAGGGACAGAGAGCCUGCUUCUUUAAAGGAGCAAAGCGGGAGAGGAGAGGAGCCUUCUCCCCUUAUACCCCUCUUCUGCAUUAUUAGCAGCAUCCUUCUCCACCCACCCCACGCGUGCUUCUUCUCCCCUUAAACCCCUCGCCUGCAUUAUUAGCAGCAUCCUUCUCCACCCACCCCACGCGUGCUUCUUCUCCCCUUAAACCCCUCGCCUGCAUUAUUAGCAGCAUCCUUCUCCACCCACCCCACGCGUGCUCCUUCUCCCCUUAAACGCCUCUUCUGCAUUAUUAGCAGCAUCCUUCUCCACCCACCCCACGCAUGCUCCUUGUCCCUUGAGUGCUUUUCCUUCCCUCCCCACUUAAAACGUGGUUACAAAGCAUGGAUCCACAUGGAUCCUCAGGAUUUUUGCAUUGGGCUACUCCAAACUCACUGUCAGAUCACAUGUCUGUGGCCACAGCAUGAACCACAAAAAUCAUACAUCCACUGUUUCAUUUAGAAUAUUUUUUUUCUUGUUUUCCUCCUCUAAAAACUACGUGCGUGUUAUGGUCGAGUGCGUGUUAUAGAGCGAAAAAUACGGUAUAUUAGUUUGGAACGUGGCUUAAAUAUAUAUAUUAAUUGAUAUAUUAAUUCUUGAACUUUGGAAACGUGGGCGUACACAUGCAGACGAUUAUGCUGUUUAUGGAGCAAUCCAAGCCCCUUUUCUACCACAGAGGUGUUCCUCUGCCCAGCUCAUCUCUACUGGUAAAGGGGCUCCGCCGCACUCACCAAGGGCAUGGGUGGGCAGAUGGUGAUUUCUCUGCUGGUAAUAGCCAGCGAAAGCUUCUGCAGUGAAUCCUGGUGCUGGCAAAGAAAAGAAUGGGGCUGGUGUGAAUGGCAGGGCUGUGGAUCCAACAGUGGCUCUGGCCUGCCACUCCCAGGUGGAAGAUUAGGAUUCCUGCUUUAUUCUUUAUAAAUCACCUAAAACGUACAGGUCUUUUGUAAUUCGGAUGAAAACUGACAUGAUUUCAUUCUUCCUUUUUUUCUGUUCAGGUUCAUUAUCAGGAAUUCCAGAAACUGAAGAAAGACGAGGCAGUUGAGUUCUUAAAGGGAGAAAUAUUUUCAACAGAGACACACUUGGAUUCUCAUUAGAACAUCCAGGAUCACUGUUUAAAUUAAUAUACCAAAUUGCUUUUUUCCUUUUUGCAUUUUAAGAAAAUAAAUGAAUAAGAUUCCCUCAUUGCCUGUCCUUGCCUUAGAAUUCUGUUGACUCAGAUUUGUUAUAGACUGAGGAAGGAUGAAUUUUUAGCCUCUGGUAGUAUUUAUCACUUUUGAGUCCUCACUGUUCAGCGAAGACUGCAGAACAUAUGUUUCAAGUAAAUAAAACUAAUCAUCGGUUGCCUCUAUCCUUAG